AUGACCUCUCCCGUCGCUGAAACGACUAUAGAGGCCAAGGAGGCCGAGGGUUUACGAGAUGUCGCAGCAGAUCUGUAUCUUGAGACUAGGCAGUACUCCCGACAGGAACUCGAAGCGGAACGAGCAGUCGUCAGGAAGAAGCUCGACCGCAUCAUCAUGCCAAUGCAGGUACUACCUAACCAUAUCUGCGUCACGUAUUGCCUCCAGUUUCUGGACAAGCUCUCCCUGAACUACGCUUCCGCCUACACCUUCAUACCCGAUCUCGGACUGGAAGGUCAUCGAUACUCUUGGGUCGCAGCGAUCUUCAACUUUGGGUAUCUUUUCUGGGCGCUCCCAGCCAACUUCCUGAUUCAACGUUUGCCCAUUGGCAAGCUCACCGGGACUAUGAUCUUCAUCUGGAGUGUGUUGCUGUGUUGCCAUGUGGCGGCGAAGAACUACGCUGGCAUUCUGGUCUUGCGCUUCUUACUUGGCAUGGGUGAGGCCGGUAUCAGUCCCUCCAUCAUGAAUAUCGUUGCCAUGUUCUACUCCCGUUCUGAGCAGCCUUUACGCAUGUGCAUCUUUCUGGGCUUCAAUGGGGCAUCGACUGUGGUGGGAAGCUUACUUGGAUACGGGCUUGGACAUAUCAAAGGGACGGCCUUGGUUUCCUGGCAGUGGAUCUUCCUGGUAAUUGGCCUCAUGAAUUUCGUUUGGAGCAUCGUCUUCCUACUCUUUAUGCCCGACAAUGCAACUAAUGCAUGGUUUCUCAAUCACAAGCAGAAGGUAGUCGCUGUUGAUCGCAUCUCUGGCAAUAUGGUAGGGGUCAAGACUAAGCAGUACAAGCCGAAGCAAGUAGUUGAGGCCUUGUUGGACGUCAAAGUCUGGAUCCUUGUCCUCAUCGGCAUGGCUACCGGCGUAAUCAACGGCGGAGUGUCCAACUUCGGUAGCAGCCUUAUCCGCGGCUUUGGCUUCUCUUCCCUCAACUCGACUUUGCUGCAGCUUCCUAACGGCGUCAUCGAGUUCUUGAUCGUCCCGACUUGUGGCUUGGUGGCAACAUACAUCAAGGACGUUCGCUGCCUGACACUGAUGACUGUCUGUCUGAUUCCACUGGGCGGACUGCUAGGCAUACGACUGACGUCCCUAAAGCAUCGCUGGAGCCUCGUGGGCUCAAGUUGGCUGCAGGGGAUCGUAGGGGCGCCGAUCAUCCUCUGUUGGAAUCUGCUCAGUACUAAUAUUGCGGGACACACCAAACGCAGCGUUAGCAAUGGCCUUUGGUUUGUGUUCUACGCGGCGGGCAACAUCGUAGGCAGCAAUAUCUUCGACACCCGACAGGCACCCCGGUACUUCUCGGCGCUUACCGGCAUGAUAGUCUGCUACUGCGCAACGAUUCUGCUGGGUGGCUUUCUCUGGGCGUACAUGGUUUGGGAGAACCGCAGAAGAGACAGACUGUUGGGUAGCAACGAGGAGACCAUUCGCGACGCCGAAGAGCAAGCGAUCCUAGACGGGUUCAAGGACCGCACCGACUCGGAGAACCAGAAUUUCCGGUUCAGUCUGUGAAGUAGUACUUAGGACGUUCUUGAUGGACACGAAGACGCAACUUCAUUGCUGCUAGACCUCACCGGGUGCGGAUAGAGCGUAAGCCUUGGCUUUCCUUCCCGUCUGCGUCAAACCCACGGUCUCUGCUCAUUAGCUUGCACAGUAGCUCCUUGCUCGGCCUUCUCAUCGGGGAACACCUCAGGCCCAAGCCUAAGGAAGACGAAUGUGAAAGCCCAGCAUGCACCGAGGAAGGUACCUUUGACAGUUUAGCGUCCUCAU